ACUUGCUCUAAACAAAAAAAAAUCGUAUUUGGAGAAUUAAAGUCGUACUUGGAGAAUUAAAGUUUAAAAAUAGUUUUUGAGAAAAUAUGAAUUUUUUUAUUUCUAAAAAAACCCAAGCUUGGAAUUGUGUGGCGACGCUCUCUGAAUCACGAGUGGGGUCCAAAAGGAAUAACAAAUUGGAGAAAGGGUGGCAGGUCACUGAUGGACCCUACAAAUUAAAUGAAGACAACUCGCUGCAUUGAAAAUUUUCUUCUUUACAUAUGCAUUCUUCUGAAUCACACUUUAAUGUCUUUAAAGCUAAGUAAAAUCAUAUCUUCUAUAUAGCCGUUAUUAUUAUUUAUAUAGAAAUAAAAUCUGCCACAACUACUUGUGUAAUUUGUUUCUUUUCCCAUUGAAUACAAGACAAAUCACAACUUUGCCUUAUUCUAAAUCAUUAUAUUCUUUUCAAGUAAGUAAAAUAAACAUGGUACUAAUUUGGAUUACUUCAAAUUUGAACUCACUACUACUUUGUUAUUUUCUGAGUUAAAGUUGUUUAUCACUUUGACAAAGAUUCAUUACUAUAGCUUUUCUUAAUGAAAAGAAGUAUAAUUGUCCCAAGGUUUUUUUUCAACUUUUAAAAAAGAAGAGAAAGAGUUUUUGUCAUGACUCAAUGAUUUCACUAACUCUUGUAUAUAUAAAAAUGGACCCUGAAAUUGAGUAGAAAAGAAAACCAGCUAAGGUAUGAGCUGGUUUGUUUUUGUAUUAGGAAUGAAGGUUGAUGAAGGGUUGUUUUCAAUUUAGCAAAGGGUUACUUUCAAAGAGAUGAUGAUUGGAGCUUGGAUAACUGAAAACCUUCUAGCCUCUUCUUAAUGCAGUGUAUGGGUUGGAAUAAAUGAAGCUCAAGCUCAGAGUUGCUCUUGCUAUUGUCUUCGUCUUGCUCUCGAUUCAGCACUCAUUUUCUGAUGAGCCUUCUGAUACCUAUGGCCUAAACAAGUGGAAAUGUACAUGUGCUUUCCAAGGGAACCAGAGCUACUCUAUUGCAAAUUGUUCCAAGUCAUGUGAUUGCCGUUCGGAUGCUGAAGACACUUCAUCUAUAUGGACAUGCUUAUGUAAUCCCAAUGGAUUCCCCCAAAUGGGAGUGGCAUCAGCAAAUGGCCACAACCAUAAUUGCUUCAGUGCCUGCAACUGUACCUGGGGAACUAACAGCUUGCCACUAGGUUCAAAGAAACACAUCUCCAGCAAGACUGUUGUAGUUAUUCUACUAAUAUGUGUUGUCUGUACGACCAUUGCGUUUCUUACCUCGGUCCUAUGCUAUGUCUACCGAAGGGACAGAUGUCCUAUUCAAACACCGAUAUUUUCACCAGAAAAGGAAACAAGUAGCGGUAGCACUGCCAACUUAAUUAGUCACAGGACAGUGACUUCUUCAGUGACAGAAACAAAAUUUGCUAUUGAUUCUCCUGUUAGUAAUAUGACAGGAUGCUUUCAGAAAGCCUCUUUCUUGUUUGGGAUCCAGAGGGAAACUUUUCAUGGAAACAUUAUUCAAUUUUCCUUUGCCGAACUAGAAAAUGCCACUGAAAACUUUCUAGGCUCCAACCUAAUUGGACUAGGUGGAAGUAGUUAUGUAUACCGCGGUCGUCUGAAAGAUGGUAGUAUCGUAGCAGUUAAGCGACUAAAAGAUCCAGGAGGGCCAGAAGCAGACUCUGCAUUUUUCAAAGAGAUUGAACUAUUAUCUAGACUUCAUCAUUGCCAUUUGGUGCCUUUGCUUGGAUACUGCUCAGAAUUAAAAGGGAGACAUUUUCAAAGGCUACUAGUAUUCGAGUACAUGUCUAAUGGGAAUUUGAGGGACUGGUUAGAUGGAGUGUCUGCAAAAAAUCUCGAUUGGACCACACGCGUCACAAUCGCAAUCGGAGCUGCAAGGGGCUUGGAAUAUCUCCAUGAAGCGGCUGCUCCAAGAAUUCUUCAUAGAGAUGUCAAAUCAACAAACAUUCUUCUGGAUGAAAAUUGGCAAGCAAAGAUAACUGACCUUGGUAUGGCUAAGAACGUGCGAGCGGAUGAUCACCCCAGCUGUUCGAAUUCUCCAGCUAGAAUGCAGGGAACAUUUGGAUAUUUUGCACCCGAGUAUGCUAUUGUCGGGCGAGCCUCUCUUGAAUCGGAUGUUUUCAGUUUCGGGGUGGUUCUCCUCGAGCUUAUCAGUGGUCGGCAACCAAUCUAUAAAACUACAGGCAAAGAAGAAAGCCUUGUUAUAUGGGCUGCGCCUCGCUUACAGGAUAGUAGGCGAGUAAUAUCGGAGUUGGUCGAUCCACGACUGAAAGGAGACUUCCCGGAAGAAGAGGUACAGAUUAUGGCAUACUUAGCAAAGGAAUGUUUGUUGCUGGAUCCUGAAAUUCGUCCAUCCAUGAGUGAGGUUGUUCAAAUUCUCUCGAGUAUUUCGCCCGACAAAUCGAGACGAAGAAGAAACAUUCCAGCCAGCCUGUUCCUGGAACCAGUAGAAGCAGAAAGAUCUCCAGUUCAUAAUUCAUUGCAACAAGACACUGAUCAUAGAUUCUGGGUUGGGAACAAAAACAAAGAAGCUAAUGUAGAUUCAGCUGAGCAUACAGAGAAUUUGACCCUCUUGACAUCAAAAUCCGAGAGUUGCCACGUGUCAGAAGAGGAAAUAGUAGACCUAACUGAGCCGCGAUACGAAUCAUUUUGCAUGGCAAAUGUCAAUUUCUCAUGAAGACAACUACUUGAUACAACUUUUGUUGCUUGUACUACAAGUUAUUGUGCAUGUCUUGCUUCUGAAUAUGUUGUUCUCCAUUUUUUAUUUCACUUAAAUUAUAAAGGAAGAACACAUAGGUGUUGCUAGAUGAGCACAGAAAUUUCUUUUGCAUCUUUGUACAGGAAAAAACAUAGGGUGAUAUAGGAUAUUCUGGUUCUACUUUGAAAAAAAGGAAUCAGAUUAGAUACACAUUAAAGGGUUUUGAUCAUAGAAAUAAAUUAUUUGCAAUUAUAUUUUGGUA